UCGCGGAGUGGCCACUGAGGUCCCGGGCGGUCGGAGGCUGGGGCGGCCUUGGGCACCGAGACCCCUUGGGGCGCGGUCAGGGCCCGGCUGGGCGCCCGCGCGGCCCUGCUGCUGGGGUUCGCGGUGGGGGCCGUCUGGCGCUUCCCCAGUACCCGGAUCGUUGAUUCCCACGGAGACGCGCUCAGGAGCGUACGCCAGAGAGUGCAGCCUGGGCCCCGCUCGGGCAAGCCCGGCACCUGCGCCCCAGAGAGGUGGGUCACGGAGGGCCAGGGCGGGGACACCAGGCUGCCUCUCACCUUCCUGAAGCGGAUGAAGCAGGCUGACCUUCGGGGGGUGCUCGGGGGUUCCUGAAACGCAUGCCAGGGUGGGCUGAGCCCAGGCCUCUGAGUUGCUGGCGAUCAGCCUGGGGCGAUCUCAGCGCUGGCCCUGGGACAGGGGUGUCCCGAGCCCUGGGCCCCACGGUCGCCUGGUGCCCCCAGGCUCGGUCACUCAGCUGGCACUCACCUCCCGGGCCGCUCGAGAGGGCGGCCGGCACGUCAGAACCCGCGUCCCAGGGCGGUCGUCCGUCUCUGGCUGUCCCCGCUGAAGAAAUGGAUUUGGAUCGGCUCGACCUGCAUCCCAGAAUCAUCACUGCAGUUAAGAAAGCCAAACUGAGGUCCGUGAAGGAGGUCCUGCAUCUUUCUGGGCCAGAUCUGCAGAGACUGACCCGCCUUUCCAGCCCUGACGUGCGGCUCCUGCUGAGGGCAGCCGCCUCACUCCUGCAGGGACAUGGCGUUUGCACAGCGCUGCACCUGCUCCGGCAAGAGGGGCUGUUCCCGCAGCAGCACCAGCGCCUGAGCCUGGGCUGCCCCGUGCUGGACGCGCUGCUCCGAGGCGGGCUGCCCCUGGACGGCAUCACCGAGCUGGCCGGACGCAGCUCGGCCGGGAAGACCCAGCUGGCGCUUCAGCUCUGCCUGGCCGUGCAGCUGCCGCGGCAGUACGGAGGCCUGGGGGCCGGGGCCGUGUACGUGUGCACAGAGGACGCCUUCCCCAGCCGCCGUCUGCAGCAGCUCAUCGCCCAGCAGCAGCGCCUGCGGGCAGACGUCCCAGGGGACGUGAUCUCGAAGAUCAAGUUCGGCCACCAGAUCUUCAUCGAGCACGCGGCCGACGUGGACACCCUGCUGCACUGCGUGAGUGAGAAGGUGCCAGUGCUGCUGGCGCGGGGAAUGGCCCGGCUGGUGGUCGUCGACUCCGUGGCAGCCCCCUUCCGCUGCGAGUUCGACGGAGCGGCCCUGGCCCUCAGGGCCCAGCGUCUGCUGGCGCUGGGAGCCGAGCUGCGGCGGCUGAGCUGCGCCUUCCGGAGCCCCGUGCUGUGCGUCAACCAGGUGGGCCUCCCCCCAGCCCGCCGCGGGCCGGGCCAGCGGGUCCCAUCGCUGACCGCUCUGCACCCUCCAGGUGACGGAGGCCCUGGAGGAGCAGGACUCAGUGGCCGGGCUGCCAGGGAUGUCCCCAGCCCUGGGAAUAACCUGGGCCAACCAGCUGCUCGUGAGGCUGCUGGCCGACCGGCAGCGCCCCGAGGAGGCUGCGCUCGCCCCGCCUGGCCGCACCCUCAGGGUGGUGUUUGCCCCCCACCUGCCGCCCUCAUCCUGCUCCUACACCAUCACCUCCGAGGGCGUGCGGGGGACGCCUGGGACUACGUGCGGCUGACCGCAGCGUCCAGGACCCCCCUCGGGGUGCAGAGCUGCCCCUGCUGCAGGAGGCGGCUCAGCCCGUCUGCAGAAAGCCCUUCUGGGCCCAUGAGGACUCGUCUACAGGGCAGCAGCUCCCGGUGUGCUGCAGCGGCUGGGACCUCGGUCCUGGCCUUGGGGGACGGGGGGGGUCCACUCUGGCAGGAACCGCUGCCCAGACCCAGCUCCCCACCACGGCCGGCGCUUCUGCACAGAACACGGACCCUUGGCUCAGCCCAGCACGACCAUCCCGUGUGGAAGCACGAGGCCCUGCAGUCACGGAGGACACGCAGGCCCAGUUCCAGAAGGGCUGAGUCACCCCGCCACGCCUCUGCCCACCUCCACCAGGCAGCCGGCCCAGCCGCUGUGGACAAACACGCUGAGUGAAGGUGCCGGCCGCCCCGGCCCUCAGCAGCACUGGCCCUCUGCUGGGCCUCCCCCACCCGACGUCCACCCCCUCACGGCCGCUCUGCUGGCAGGGUGCAGGCCGACCCCCCGCGCCCGCCCUGCGGGCUCUCGGCUGGACCGCCAGCCCUGGCCAUCGGCACUCUGUUGUGUGUUUUCCUAGGACAGGAUGAUCCGUUUCCAGCUUUCAUCAUGUUUUCAAAGUAGCCUGUGACCCUAAAAGACCGAGUGGCCAGUGUUAAAUAGGAAAAGCUGCUUUCAGGCUUGGAGUUUUACAAAGAGCCUUUCUGCAAAGUACAGGGACUUUACAACAGGAAAUAAAAGUUUAUUUUUGUAAUUAACUAUG